AUGUCGGGUUUCAGCUCCAGGAUGAAACACCUGGAGCAGCAGUUUCACAAAACAGGCCUUCAGGGGCCCCCACAGAUGGACUUUGUCCCAAGCUCAGGAAGAAGCGUGUGUCUGAGGACACCGCUGCAACAUACAGACCCAUGCCAGCUGGACAUGGCCAGCCCUUCCACACCUGUCUGCCCUCGCACAGGCCUGGGACGACCUGCCCACUGUUGGCUUUGGGUGAAUUCUGAUUUCAAGGCUCAGCUAAGGAAUGGCUGCCCCGGGGAACAUCCUUCAACUCCUCCAGGCAGAGCUGGUGCUCCGGGGUGCGAUUCUCUCGUGAGGCUGAGCUGCAGCAGCCGCAGCUCCCGGUCAGCCACCCAGUCACGAGAGGACACGACAGAACCGCAUCUCAAUGUGUCUGUUAUCAGAGGUCCUCUGCUCCAGCGACUCCCCGUUCCUGGAACACCCCAGUUCAGUCCAGCCUCUCUGCGGCCCUUACACGCAGCUCUCCUCGUGGAACGCCCACCUGCCCCACCCCUCCGCAUUAGGUCCCACCAACACCUACCACGCUCUUCAAGACCCACCUUCCAGGACCCUUUCCUGCUGCUGCACCAGGUGAGGGCCCCUGCUCUUCCCAUCAGGACCGGUGGCCCGCAUGCCUGUCUCCCCGCCAGGAGUGAAUGA